AUGAACUCCUUAGAGCAGGCCGAAGGUAACAAAAACGAUCUGAAGGCCUUUGAGAGGAGGCUGACAGAAUAUGUCUCCUGUUUACAGCCUGCAACAGGCAGAUGGCGAAUGAUCCUGAUAGUGGUGUCUGUUUGUACAGCCACAGGAGCUUGGAACUGGUUAAUAGACCCGGACACACAAAAGGUCUCUUUCUUAUCAUCGCUUUGGAAUCAUCCCUUCUUCACCAUCAGCUGCAUCACUCUAAUAGCUCUCUUCUUUGCUGGGAUACACAAACGAGUCGUGGCGCCCUCAAUAAUUGCAGCCCGCUGCCGCACAGUUUUAGCAGAAUACAACAUGUCUUGUGACGACACGGGGAAACUCAUUCUCAAACCACGGCCGAACAUCCAGUAACUACACUGUGGAGUGCUUUAUUUCAUCAAGUUUUGAUCAUUGACCUCCGGCUAACGAGUCAUUCAGGCAACCGGAGCAGCAGUGAGGAUU